AUGGGAAGUGAGGAGAAGGUGGAGCAUGACUGCAUCAUCUGUGCCAGCGUCCUUGGCACGAAUGGGGGCACUCUCACCCUCCUAUGCGAGUGUAUCUGCCGAUGGCGGCAGCGAUCGUGGCGCUGCCCGGUGUGCCGGGUGAUGGACGGGCGUGAGCUGACGGUCCCCCCGGCAGCAGCGGGGGGCGGACCUCCCGGUCAGCCGCGCCGCUCAGGGGGCGUGGGCCAUUUGGGGCAGCGGCUGCGGCCCAUGGCGGAGCAGAUGCUGGCCGAGAGCGGCGACAACGUUCUGGACGUCCUGCUGCAGCUGCUGGAGCUUAUUAUUAUUAUUAUUAUUAUUAUUAUUAUUAUUAUUACACGCUUUUCUUACCGAAGGCAAGGUGCGUCUGCAGACAAGCUGCAUGGCAUUCAGGAUGGGACGCUGCCGGCAGACCUGGACGGGGUGGCGCCAGAUCAGGCGGCGGCCUCUGGCAGGGCGCCACCUGGCGCCGCGUCAUUGGACCGCCUGGUGCUGAAUCAGCUCGUGACCGUGCUGCAAGCCACCAGCGCCCUCAUCGCCGGCCGCGGCGGCGGCGGCCGGCCCCACACGGCAGCCGCCACCGCUCCCCAGAAUGAGCUGCAGCAGCAGCAGCAGCAGGCGCGGCCACACAGCGGCCAAAGGCGGCGCAGGAGCCCGGCGUCCGCGGCGAGCGUUCUGGCGCACCGGCACAGCCGCCGCAGCCGGCUGCAGGGCGCCUCUUCCAGGCAGGCCGCUGACGAAGGUCCGUCUGCCGAGGCGCAGCCGGCAACACGCGAGAUGUCAACACAGACGUCCGACCUGUCGGAUGACGGCGUUCCCGGCAGCAGGCCCAGCCGCCGCGAGCGGCCGGCCAGCGCCAAGCGCCUCAAUGGCGCCACCAGCAUCAGCCCCCGGCACACCUCCCCGGACGCGCGGCAGGCCCCGCGCAAUUCCGAUCCCGUGCCGGUUGCGCGAACUCCGCGCCCCGGCGAUCGCAAGGAAGCGGCGUCUAAUAGGGAAACUGCAGCUGUUGGCGCGGCGGCUGGGUCGUCAGAGCGGCCUCCAGGGCUCGGCGGCUUGGACGGCCCCCUUGUAAAAGCAGCGGUUGCGCAAAAUGCAGAGCCGAGUACGGCUCUCAGGGAAGGCAGCUCCAGGGUGAUCUUACCUGAUCUCGGCUCAGAAGGGACUGCCAGCGCUCCUGAGAGCAGGGAUUUUAAAUCACCGGACAGGGCCGGGGCAAGCAGAUCAUCUGCCGAGGCCAUCCCUGGGCAGGGGAGGGAUGGAAGCAGGCCGCGAGAGGAAUUGAUGACAGAAGGAAAGCUUAAGAGCAGCUCGGAGGGGCCGCAGCAGCCGUCAAUUCAGGGUGACUCUGCGCCGCCGACGCGCACGGGCUCUGGGGGCGUACGAGCGCUGGCGGCCAUGUUUGAGCAUCGCUGCUCGCUCAACGCGCCGUCGCCGGCACCGCACCGGCCGUGGGCCCAAAAUAAGGCUCCGAGCGGGUCUGCCUUGGGUUCAUCGUCUACUGCUCAGCCACUUCUGCAGCCAGGCUCUGCAUCGCAGGAGCAACCAGCUGCUGCAGGAGAUGCUGACGCAGCCAGCGUGCAGCAGCCGACGGCUGAGCUGCAACUGACAGGCACCCUGAAAGCAACUAGUCCAGCAGCAGCAGCAACAGCAGCGGCAUCCGCGCCGGCAGCAGCGGAAGCUUCAGUCCGCACUGAGACGCGCGCUGCCGCUGUGCCGGACAGCGUUUUCCAGGCUUCAUCUGACAGUCCAGCAGAGCAGCCCAGUGCUGUAAGAGAUCCUUUCGCAGAUCUACUGGCCGGCUUUGGCAUCAUUAGUGAGCGCCAGCCCGACCUGUUCGCACCAGACACCGGCCCCACAGGGGCUUGUCAGGAGCACGCAGACCCAAUUGCAAUACUUAAGGACUCGGGGGAUCCCGCCUCAGAUGCCCACACAGAAGACGCCGCAGUGUCGCCACCGGAACGCGCCCUCGCCGCUUCAGCUGCCCCGGGGAGUGGGCAGCCCAGCGUGAGAGCGCAGGGGAUCCAGACAGAUGACUCAGAGGCGGCCGCCGGUGAAACGCGCUCGUCUGGCGCUGCCACAUCAGCACUCCCUGGGCCGAGCAGUUUGGGCAGCCCAGCUGGCAGCGCCGAGACGGACAGCCCAGACAUUGCCGAGGCGCAAGACACUUUCUUAGUCGACAGCGGCUUGCUCGCCCCUUCGUUGGAUGGCUACGGCGACGCGUCUGCCGCCAGCUCGUGCCUGACCUCCCCGGCGCUCAGCCCUCGACAGAGGGCCUCCGCUGCGCGCGCGGGGCUGAGAAUGCCGGGCCGACGGCACACAUCAUCACUCACCGAGGAGGCGCACCUGCCGCCGGCCGCGCCGGCGUCCCGGGCGGCCACGCCGCGGAUCGUGGCGCCGCCCAACACGGCCACUCACUCGCUGGCAAACUCUGAGGCCAAUUCGCCGCGCAUCAUGGCAGAGCCGCCGCCCGGCCUGCGGCUGCCACUGCCGCUGCUCGCGCUCUCUCCUGGAACUGCGCAGGCGGAGGGCGGCGCUGGGGCCGGUGCAGCAACCUCUGGCGUAGCCGAAGAGCAGCAAGAAGGGGAAGCGGGGGAGCCGAGCAGCGACGCAUCUGCCAGCACGCAGAAGCAGCCGCCGUUGCAGGAGCCGGCAGCAGCGGCCAUGCGCAGCCCGCGACACAACGGCGGUUGGUCUCGACCCGACACGCACUCGGGCGAUCGUGAGCGGCUGCUGCUGCGCGCUGUGGACGAAGUGGAGGCGCUGGUGGAUGCGCUGCUGGGCCGCUGGAACAGCAUGCCGGCCUCCCAGCAGCCGGACCACCUGGCCGAGCGCAUGGAGGAGCUCUUCCUCGAAGCCUCCAUGCUCGAGGCGGUGCGCAAUAACCAGGUGCCCAAGCCGCGCGCGAUGGUGGAGGACAUUCUGACGCGAGUCGCGCUGCUGGAUGACGAGCUCAGCCGCUACACGGGGCAGCCCUCGCAGUCCGUCUGCCUCGCGUCCCCCCGCACCAGCGGGGGGCCCGCUGCGCGGCCACAGCUGGAAUCCCCUCGGCCCGGAGCCGGCCGGGCGCAGCCGUCGCGCAUCGCGCAGGCGCUGGCAACGCGCAGCAGCAGCAGCUCGCGGGAGGGCGGCCGCGUGGCGGCGCGCAGCGCCGCUGCUGGGCCGCAGCCGCCAGCCGAGCGCCGCCACCGGCGGCCGACAGUUGCCGUCGCCGCGCAGCCGGCUGGCCCGGACGGCGAAGCCACCGCGCAGGCGGCCGAGGCCGACGGCGCUCUUGAGCGCUUCACGGAGUUCUUGGCUCGGCACGAGGGCGAGCUGCAGCCUCGCACGCGUCAGAUUGCUGAGCUGGCGCUGGCGUUGGCGCGUCUGUCCCUCGCCAACAAUCCCUCCAGCAGCGACGCCAGAAUUCCUGUGGAAGCAAUCUCAUGA